AGCGGGCGUUUCAUCACCGCGACGUAACUGUGUCAGUUCACAAAAUUCAUACUCGUGUUCGCACGUUUGCACUCGAUACUUGUAGACAGUGCGUUGAACGGGAAAUUUAGAACGUGGUAGAAGUAUUGGCGCUGGCAAAUCUACUAAAGCCGUCGACAGGAGAAUGCGUCGGCCAUCCGUACCGCCGGUACGCCAAGUGCGUCACUUAUUCUCGUAUGUUGUGAAAAUAUUAUUGCUACUUACAACGAGAUUAUUUCUUCAACUUUCAACGGGAUUUAACAUCAAACUGAGCAUUGCGGCUAAAUUGAAAAAAAAAAAAAAAACAAUCACAAUACCUCUGUAGAAAUCGGAAACGUUUGUUGUAGGAUAUUUCGAGCGGACGAAUGUGUCUAUACUUUUGUAAAAUCCCAUAGGGUAGUGAAUAUCAAACAGUUGUAAAUCGUACACAUGAGAGGCAACAUUUUUGGCAAAUUGUGGACACUUCUAUCACUGAAGUUUUUCUCCACGAUAUUAUUUUAUCCUAUUGUUGGAAAUAUCAGAUUCGUACAUACUGUGGGCUCACAUUAUAGUCGUAAGUGGGAUCUCUGUUCAGCAACGCGGCCGUUUUAUUUUGUAACAACGAACAUUUUUAUGAAUAUAUGCGCAGUCGCGAUAUGACACGUUCCAUACUAGUGAUAUGGUCAAUGGCCAACCAACAAAAUUAUACGAGUAAAUACUUAACAAUAGUGGAUUGUCGGUGGUAGCGCACCUGUCACUCAGAGACUCGCUUGAUGGUGGACGUAGUCCAGAAACGUUUGACGCAUGCGCAAGUUUCCAUGCUGCUAUACGAUUGUUCAUAACAACACGAUGAGCCAAGGUACGACGACUAUGUUUAAGUUCAUCGUGAAAAUCAUGUCUGCCUGUCGGUCUGCCUCUCUCUCUCUCUCCCUCUCUCUCUUUCCCCUUCUCUCGCUCUUCCUCCCUCGUUCCCUUAUUCACUCUCUCUACUCUCCAGGAUAGAUAAUUCACUGUAAAUUUGACCAGUUUUCGCUGAGAUCGGUGCAAUAUAAUCGUACGAUCCACGCAAACUCUCACGAUAGAGUUUCCAGAGUUUCGUGUCACAUACAAAUUUACUGAAGCAAAAUGGUGUUCCGUUGACUCGCGAAUAUAUUACUCGAUAGUCUUCACCAUCGUCACGGGCUGCGACUGAAAUCACCCUACAAAAUCAGGAACGAUGCCACGAUCAAGCGUCUCUUUUCUGAUGUGCAUGUGAAGCUAAAAAAAUAUAUAAUCGUGAACGUGAGAGCAAAGUAACGCGAGCUUUGUAUAUAACCCACGUUCGUGCGCUGCAGUUACAACAAAUUAUCCAAGAAACAUUCAAUGCGAUUGAAGAGACGGAUACGUUGAUCGCAGAGAUCAUCAGAAUUGAUGAAGCUGUUAUGCAGCUUUAUUACAAGUCGCGAUUCGAAGUGCAGCCUAUUCGACACAUGCUUUGUGGUUCCACUAACAAGUUGCACGAGUUUACUAAAUUGAACUUCGUUUAGGAUUACUUCGCUCACGGACCAGAGAACGAAACGGCUAUUGCUUUUCCACGAGAUCGAGCAUCGGUGUGAAAAAAUUGAAACAAUCGUAAAGAGCAACGUAGAAAAUCGACGAUGUGCUCGUUCGUUCUGCAACCAUGGUUUCCCAAAGUUCCAACGUAUUUUACGGAUCGAGAAAUCGAUCUCACAAUUAAUCCAUUUCAAAAUAUUGUCAAGUGAAAAACAACUUCGUAAUGCGUAGCCUUACGAAUAAAAAUGAAAGAUACGAAAAAACACUCUUCGCCGUUCGUCAUCGCUGCGUCGAAGUCGCUUGUGAUGACCGUAAUGACCGAAUGUAACGACGAAGAAAUCAGAUGUUGGGUGACGAGCCAGUCAUGGCUAAAUCGUUAAAUUCGUAAAAAUGAUUCGCUUGCGCUUCGCGAUCUCAUUUUCAAUGCAACAGAUUAUUGCUUUCGAAAAGAGUUUAGUGAUAUGCCAUGCGCCAUACAUUUGAAUCACCCAGAGCUCUUGUUUUUUUUCAUAUAUGGAGAUAUCUCCUCUACUCAUUUUAACUGUCGUUCAUACCAAUAGUUUGUACAGCGAGGAGUAAGUAGUGCAUGUGAGCGGCGAGUACAGAGUGAAGUGUUUACAAAACACAUUUGUAUAAAGAAUCGAUGAUGCCUUCUGACACUUUGAGCAUUGAUUGUGAGUACGACUAUGGAGCUUCUAGUGCCACUGAAGACACGGAUGAUGAUACUGGUGAAACAGAAUCGCAAUCGAACAAGGCUACGACGAAUCAACCACGAGACACAAACGAGGACGAUGACAACAUAACUGUAAAGAUUGACUCGAGUGAAACAAAUAAUUCUACUCACAAAAGUGAUCAAGAGGUAGAAUCAAUCCGUUUAAAUGCUAUACUUUGUGGCGAGGGGGAAAAAAUGCUGCCAUAUAUGUCACCGUCGUUGCAAAGCGUCUACAAUUUGAAUCAGCAGGACCUCGAGUUGAACGCUGAAAUUGACCGUCUCAUCAUAGCAUCAAUAAAUCUGCACACUAACAAAAUAAUCACGAUAUUUGUGCGUAAUACGCUCGUUCUAGUGCCGAUUCACACCGUCAUUUCUUCACGCCUUGCUUCACACAUUUGGCCUACUGAGACUGCACGUGGAACUUAUGCAUUUCCUUACGCCGAAGAAUUCAACAAAAUUCUACCGACGUAUGUGGAGCGACGUGAAACUGUGGCUUUCUUCGGAGUUCAUUACACCAAACCGCUAAUGGAUAUGGCGAGUUUCAAAUGUGCUCGCUUUACAAAUAAUGCAUCCCGUAAUGUUUGCGAAUCGACCAGCAAUGCCGGAAUCUACCUCUUUGACGAUUUCAGCUUGGUUAUUGUACGUGACGGUCGUGUUGUUGACUCAGCGAUACACGGCUUCCGCGGCAAUAUCAAUGCGCUCGUUGAAAAAUAUAAACCAACGCGAAUUUACUACAACGCCGUGCCGGGUGAUGCCCUCGAUACAUUUAUGAAUUAUCCAUAUCAACCAUUUUAUGAGGCAGUGCACGAGCGCAUGGUGCCGCUUAUUGUCAACACGACGCGCAUGGCAUUCAAUCCAAGUCCUUUUUGUGAACGCUACAACACUUACUGCUCAUUCUGCAAAACGCUGAAAACGAUAAAAAGUUUUUUCGUCAAUCACGCAUCCGGAGCAACUAAACUGAUGUCUGAGUUCUCUCUGCCUGCUCUUCCCUUUACGAAACGUGCCAUAAAAGGCCGACGGCAGUAUCGCUGGCAGCAGAAACACCAUCAACGCAGCUUGCAGAGAACCACACGAAUCCGGUUGAAGCCAUCGCGGCGAACUCGUCUUUGAAUUUCAUUAAAACCUAUUCAUUGCAAAUAAUGUUUUUUAAUAUUUUU